AAGAUACGGCGAACAGACCAACCUUUUUGCCACCGGUGAGGACGUCGUCGGCUUUUUGAGGUUCUUGCCUGUCCAUCGCGACGUGAUCCGCGCCACCUGCGGCGAUGAGACCUUGAAUUUCCUGAACGGUCAUCUGCCGCGUAAUCAUAUCACCCUUGUCGUUGCGAGAGCCGACUAUGAAUCGGCCGAGAUCAUCCGGAAUACCAGGCAACGAGGUCAUCCUGUAAGGAUAAACGAAGUCCCGGUUGGUGGCUCAGUUCGCGCGUUUGCGCUCCUCCUUCCUUCUUACACUCGCAGCCGACUGUCCGGGCGAUGUUAAACGAUAAAGUAGCGAUAAACCGCGUUGUACCACAUGCAUAUAGUCAUCCGUCUUAAACAUCCGCGGUGGUUACUCAAAGAGUGUCUGUUCGCGCACCACACGGCCUCCGCGAAGUAAAUUCUAUACACGGAAGAGAAUCAUAUCUUCCUUCGAGAUAUUUCCAUCGGAAUACAUUUCCAUUUAUAUCGAUGUUUUGAGCAGAAGCUCGCUAUGACGAUAUCUUUCUUCUUCUUCUACAAGUAACGUUAAUGAAUGAGUGAAGGAAUGCUCCCUUCAGAUGCUCUUAAGAAAUUUACAUCUUCGAUCGAUUCUAUUGUCAAAAGAAAAAAAAAAUGAAGUAAGUGCAACACUGAAAGCAUGGUAAUCAGAGAAACACUCGUAUGAUUUUUCAAACUUUCGAAGUUCAACUUCGUGGAAGUUAAUAGUAAAGAUUGAAUACAUACACAUGAAGUAAAAUUUAGGAAACUGUAUCGAAUUUUGAUUUGAUUUUUAACAUUUUACGCAAUUUUACGCAUAUAUCUUUCACAGUCACUCUGUAAGCAUAUUACGUAUUGAUUUUAAAAGUCUGCGAAACACAUUAAGUUAAAUCGUCUUGAAAACAUUUGACUACGAGGACAACGAAGCGACAUGUCGGUAGAAGAAAUCGCUCAAGAUGACAACGAAAAGGAAGAUGAGAUCGAAAAAUUACGGGAGAUUCGAUUUGUCAGCGGAGGAAAAUAUGAGGGAACGUGGAACGCGAUUGACAAGGAAGGCAUCGGCAGAUAUGUGACGUUUAACAACGUUAUAUUGGAGGGAGAAUUUCGAGAUGGUAUGCUUCAUGGCUAUGGAAGUAUGUAUUGGCCACGUGGGCAAAUAAUGGACGGCACUUGGAAUCGCGGAAAGAUGGGAAAUGAAAAACGAUAUACGUUCGCGGAUGGUUUAACAUAUGAAGAAGAUGAAUGGAAUUAUUGUAAAUUUCCUGACAGACGGUUUUAUAAAUGCAUAGUAAAUGGAUUGAGGCCAGCCAAGGAAGUAUUAAAGACCAAUGACCAACCGACUAAAAUUAUUCCUCCGUUUUGCUAUGAUACUGGUACUGGAAUUUUUGAUUCCGACAAAAAAUGUAUAUUAUCGUAUCGCAAUAACAAAAAAAUACUUGAUAUUCCAACAACGGCAGAAAGUGUAUGGAUAGAAAGAUAUUGCCGAAAAGGUUGGUCAACACCAAUUGGUCACCAAGCACGGUUAUAUGAAUACUUCCAGUCGGGAGCAGCUGAUUUUGCAACUUUACCGCAAAUCUCGUCAGAAGAUGAAACGGAAAAAUGGUGGCAAAGACUGACAAGGUUCGCUAGGCAUUCGCCCACUGACAUGGGAUGGAUAUGAUAAGAUUGUUAUCAAGCAAUUUGACUAAACCAUAAAGAAAAAGCUAUUAAUAUUAAGAUUUAAAAUGAUGUAAAAAUCAAAUAUAAAGUUUUUCGCAGUCUAUGAAAGAUUACAUAAAUGAGACAAAAUUACGAUUUGCAAUAAACAUGUGUAUACAUUAAAUGUAUACGUAUAUUUC